AACAUCAAUAAUAAUUUUAUCAUUAGUUUAAAAGCUUCUAAUCCUAUCGGAUUUGAACCAUCAUCCCUACAAAAAUAUACAAAAAACGAGAAAUCACAUCGUCAAACAAAUCAAGAUAAUCGAGAUGAACAACAAGUUGCGCUCAAAAUUAAAAGAGCAUGGGAUGUUGCGAUGGGACCAGCUAAAAGUAUACCAAUGAAUGCUAUUAUGAUUUACAUGUCAGGAACUAGUCUUCAGAUUUUUACAGUUAUGGUUACCGCUAUGCUUUUUAUUCAACCUAUUAAGGCUAUAAUGUCUGUUCAGCAAACAUUUAGUCGUUUUGAAACAACAGGAAAAGCUAGAUCACAGCCUGGUGCUAAUUUAAUGAUGCCAAAGUUAACAUUUAUUGGUCUUCAUAUUAUAACAAUUCUUUUAGGUGUGUAUAAAGUCAAUACAAUGGGUUUAUUACCUAAUACAGCCUCAGACUGGUUAGCAUUUAUGAAGCCAAAAGAGAUACUAGAAUUUUCAGCUUAA